GAAAGGCAACAUGGUCGACCUGGUCAUGUGGGGCCCGUGCCUCAUCAUGGCCACCAUCGGAGGCAUCGUCGCCUUCUUCGCGGACGUGCUGCUACUGUACGUGACGUACCCCUUUGACGGCUCGCCAGCGACCUUUGGCGUCCUCGGCGCGCUGCUCAUGUCGUGCGUGGACAACACGGUCUUGUACAUCGCGUACGUUUGCGCGACGCUCCGCGCGACGAAAGACCACAUGUCCAACCGCUGCAUCAUGUUUGCCAUGAGCCGCGCGGGCGCUGGCUACGCGCUGCUCCUGCUCCUCGUGCUGGGCUUCUACAUGGCGUGGUACGGCGACGUCUCGCUCGUCUACGUCGGCUUUGUCCUGCUCGAUGGUCUCAAUGUGACCAUGUGCUCGUUCCUCAUUGGCCUGUGGCUCUGCGUGCGCAAGAAGCACAAGCACGUGGCCCGUCCGACCGUGCCCACCAAGAUGGAAAAACUCUGCAUGAACAGCGUGCUCUGGCCGUCCGUCGCGAUCCGCUACGUCUACUACCUCGUCGCGUUUAGCUUUGUAUUUCUCGAGAAAGGACCGCAGUCAACGAACGUGACCAUCGGUGUCUACGUCGGCCUCAACGUGGCUUUCAACAUUGGCGUGGCCAUUGGCAUGCGCUCGUUUCGGCGCAAGGUGCAUCGCGAUGCCAAGGCGCUUGAAAACACCCGACCAGAAGCAAACGCAGAUGUAUCGGUGGUCGACGAAGACGAUCGAAGCGGCGCACACGCAGCAUUGGACGUCCACGGUGCCAUCGAGAACGACGACCCCGCCUACGGGUCGGACGACGACGCGCUCCCGUGACGCGUCCAUCGUCGACGACGGAUAGUUUUUAUACACGUUUCAACGUACAUUUUGAUCGUUGUAGC